UUUCUAGUGAAAUUUAGUGGCUGCUCGGAGAACAAGGGAACUCGGUAUGAAACUGACAACUUGGACUUCAAGAAAGGAAAGAAGAACAUGACAGAAGAUCUUCAGGAGCCCGGCAAUAUUUUGCUGCCGUGGCGUCAUCACCAGAAUUCUUAUGGACUCAGGCGGCAAAAACGAGACUGGGUUAUCCCACCAAUCAAUGUCCCAGAAAAUUCGAGAGGACCCUUCCCACAGCAGCUGGUUAGGAUUCGUUCAGACAAGGACAGCGAGAUCCAUAUAAGAUACAGCAUCACAGGUGUGGGAGCUGACCAGCCACCUAUGGAAGUCUUCAACAUUGACCCUGUGUCAGGGAGAAUGUAUGUGACCCGUCCAAUGGACAGAGAAGAAAGAGCAUCCUACCAUCUCAGAGCACAUGCGGUAGAUAUGAAUGGAAACAAAGUGGAGAACCCAAUUGACCUCUACAUUUAUGUGAUUGACAUGAAUGACAACAGGCCAGAAUUCAUAAACCAAGUCUAUAACGGAUCUGUUGAUGAAGGAUCUAAACCAGGAACCUAUGUGAUGACAGUGACAGCAAACGAUGCCGAUGACAGCACCACAGCAAAUGGGAUGGUGAGGUACCGCAUUGUGACUCAAACUCCACAGAGUCCAUCCCAGAAUAUGUUUACCAUUAACAGCGAGACUGGAGAUAUAGUGACGGUGGCAGCUGGACUCGACCGAGAGAAAGUUCAGCAGUACACAGUCAUCGUUCAGGCCACAGAUAUGGAAGGAAACCUUAACUACGGUCUCUCGAACACAGCAACUGCAAUCAUUAUGGUGACAGAUGUGAACGACAACCCACCCGAAUUCACUGGCAGCACCUAUUCUGGUGAGGUUCCAGAAAACCGGGUGGAAGUUGUUGUCGCUAAUUUGACCGUGAUGGACCGAGAUCAACCCCACUCACCCAAUUGGAAUGCUAUUUACCGAAUAAUCAGUGGAGACCCUUCCAGUCAUUUUACCAUUAGGACUGAUCCUAUUACCAAUGAAGGCUUGGUAACUGUCGUGAGGGAAGUUGAUUAUGAGAUGAACAGAGCUUUUAUGUUGACAGUAAUGGUGUCCAAUCAAGCUCCUCUUGCCAGUGGGAUUCAAAUGUCCUUCCAGUCUACAGCCGGAGUCACCAUUUCAGUCACUGAUGUCAAUGAGCCACCCUACUUCCCAACAAACCACAAACUCAUCAGGCUGGAAGAAGGUGUGCCUACAGGGACAGCACUCAUGACUUUUUCAGCAGUGGACCCUGACCGUUUCAUGCAACAGGCUGUCAGAUAUUCCAAGCUGUCGGAUCCUGCAAACUGGCUGAAUAUUAAUGCCACUAAUGGUCAGAUCACCACCGCUGCUGUCCUUGAUCGCGAGUCAGCCUACAUUAAGAGCAACGUCUAUGAAGCCACAUUCCUGGCAGCUGACAACGGUAUCCCUCCAGCCAGUGGCACAGGCACACUCCAGAUCUACCUAAUUGACAUCAACGAUAACGCUCCUGAUCUUCAGCCAAAGGAGGCCCAGAUAUGUGAGAAGCCAAAUCUGAAUGUCAUCAACAUCACAGCCGCAGAUGCUGACAUUGAUCCAAAUGUCGGCCCCUUCGUCUUUGAACUGCCAAGCGUGCCAUCUGCCAUUAGGAAGAACUGGACCAUUACACGGCUAAAUGGUGAUUAUGCUCAACUUGGUUUACGAAUAAUGUAUUUGGAAGCUGGUGUAUAUGAUGUUCCAAUCAUUGUAACAGAUUCCGGAAACCCUCCUCUGUUUAACAUGUCCAUCAUUAAGGUCAAGGUGUGUCCAUGUGAUGAGAAUGGAGACUGUACCACUAUAGGAGCUGUUGCUGCAGCUGGGCUGGGAACUGGAGCCAUUAUUGCCAUCUUGAUAUGUAUCAUCAUUUUACUAACCAUGGUUCUGCUUUUUGUGGUAUGGAUGAAACGGAGGGAGAAGGAACGUCACACUAAACAGCUACUCAUUGAUCCUGAGGAUGAUGUCCGGGACAACAUUCUGAAAUAUGAUGAAGAAGGUGGUGGAGAAGAAGAUCAGGAUUAUGAUUUAAGCCAACUUCAGCAGCCAGAGAAUAUAGAUCAUGUUUUAAACAAGGCAAACGGAGUCAGAAGAGUAGAUGAGAGACCUGUUGGUGCUGAGCCCCAAUAUCCUAUAAGGCCUGUCAUCCCCCACCCUGGAGACAUUGGGGACUUUAUUAAUGAGGGCCUGAGAGCAGCUGAUAAUGACCCAACGGCCCCACCGUAUGACUCCCUUCUCGUCUUUGACUAUGAGGGAAGUGGCUCAACAGCCGGGUCCGUAAGCUCGCUUAAUUCCUCAAGCUCCGAAGACCAAGAUUACGACUACCUUAAUGACUGGGGGCCAAGGUUCAAGAAACUGGCAGACAUGUACGGGGGUGGCGAGGAUGACUAAAAUGACCUCACUUUUCUUGAUUUGCAAAAAGAGGAAAGCUAUAGCAUUAGAAGAAGAGGAUGGAGGGAAAGCAACCCCAGAAGGAUGAAAGAAGAAGAAAGGAGUAAAACAAAAACAAACAAAAACAAAAACAAAAA